GGUACUACGGCGGCGUCCGGCUGCUGCUGGCCAUCUGCAAAAUCUUCCACAGCCACUGUAAGCACAACGGCAUCGCCCUGGAGGACAAGAACUUCACUCUGUCCUAUGACACCAACAUUCCUCGCCAGGCCGGGCUCUCCGGCUCGAGCGCCAUCGUGUGCGCGGCGCUGAGCUGCCUCCUGGAUUUCUACAAUGUCAGGGACAAGAUCAGGGUCGAGGUCCGGCCUAACCUCAUCCUAGACGCGGAGAAGGAGCUCGGGAUCGUCGCCGGGCUUCAGGACCGGGUCGCGCAGGUCUACUGUGGCCUUGUUUACAUGGAUUUUAGCCAAGAGCAUAUGGAUAAGCUGGGUCAUGGCAUAUACACGCCGCUAGACGUCAAUCUACUCCCCCCUCUCUAUCUUAUCUAUGCUGAGAACCCAAGCGACUCUGGAAAGGUCCACAGCAGUGUCAGGCAAAGAUGGCUCGAUGGCGACCAGUUCAUAAUAUCAUCUAUGAAGGAAGUUGCUCAGCUAGCCUAUGAUGGCCACAAUGUGUUGUUGCACAAGAAUUACACUGAACUCGCGAGACUUAUGAACAGAAAUUUUGAUCUGAGAAGGCAAAUGUUUGGAGACGACGUGCUUGGAGCGGUGAAUAUAAAGAUGGUCGAAGUAGCGAGGAGUGUUGGCGCCGCGUCCAAGUUCACGGGCAGCGGGGGUGCGGUGGUUGCGUUUUGCCCGGAUGGGCACGCACAGGCGGAGCUCCUGAAGAAGGCGUGCGAGGAGGCUGGCUUCGUCGUGGAGCCGAUCGAAGUCGCCCCGUCGGUGCUGACAGAGGAGGAGGUUGCAAGCUUGUACAAAAGGAUAUCAUAAGCAAACUCUUGCUAUAAAGCAUAGCAAACAUCCAAUUUGUUGAAAUCACUCGCAGUCACAGGAGUUGUGUCAUGUGAACGAUAUUCUGAGAAUGAGAUGUGCUGUUUGAUAAUUGAUAUAUUUUUCAUGC